AUGUCCUUCCAGUUCUCUCUCCAUCUGCCCACUGUGCCCCGAGGCUGGCCUGUGUUCCGGUCCCCUGCUCCUCUGCACCCUGUCACUAGUCGGUGCCUCCCUGAGCCCCUGGGGCCCCUGCCGCCCGGCCUGGGCACCAGCCCCUCGCCCCCCGACAUUCCGCACGUCCCCUCCGUAACCUCCGCGGGGCCGGUCUCGGACGAGCUGCGUGCCGCCGGCGGCGGCGCCUUGGUUCCGGGCCAGCAAACUUCUCCGGGACCCCGCAGCGCCCGGGCGCGCGCCGCCGCCGCCUCCUUCUCCUCCGCCUCCUCGGGGCCGCGGGGGCGCGGGGGCGCGGGCGCGCGGGCGGCGGGGAGCGGGGCCGCGUUCCUCCAGCGCCGGGACCUUCCCGCGGGGACCGCGGGGACCACGGCGGGGACCACGGCGAGGACCACGGCGGGGACCACGGCGGGGACGCUGGGUCCGGCGGCGCGCGCGCUGCGCGGUGACCGAGGAGCCGGGCCGGCCGCUCCGGACGAGCCGGGCUGGGGGACCGGAGCCCGGGGUCCCCGCCGCGCCGCCCCGAAGCCGCCCUCGGGAGAAAGACCCGCAUAUCCGAAUAGCGCUCACAGUUCCGCUGCGCAGACACACCGAGCGAGAAGCCCCCAGGAGCAAAGUCUAAGCAUAACCGCAUUAGGCGACCGUACGCGCAUCCACGACACUAUACGGAGCAUACGGAAGCGGCCGUGGCGGGCCAAACGUUUUGGUCCCAUCUGCAGCUACCUCUGGGAAUGCGUAAUUGCAGGUGUGCACCAAAACCUCUUCCCGUGGGUGGCACAGUUUUUCCAUUUUCUUGAAAAGCAGAUGCACGCAAAUGCCCAGAGACAAGAGCAGAUGACAGGGACCCGGCGUGUGGGCGCAGCUUACCUCCGGCGUGGGCCGAGCCGCUCGCAGCGCGGGGGUCCCGGCAGGGCUGCGGCGCCGCCGACGAGUGGCCCGCGAGCGCCCGGCGAGUGGGAAGGGGACGCAUCUCUGCCCUUAUUAGUCUCUCCCGGUGUGACCCUCCCACUCCGCAGGACAGGACUCGGCCAACUCGCGCACAGGUUUUCCUUAAUUACCACAGUGUCGCCUCGGAGCUGGGAGGAUGCCUCUCGGGUUUGCGUUGUUAACAGCUUCGCGGACGGAACGCAGGCGAGAUGCGGGUGCCUGGAGCUUCUCACUUCUGGUUAUGAAGACGUGUCUUCAAAGUGUUGUGCCUGGCAUUCAUUCACAGGGAGAUAA